GUCAAGUCAGGCAAGGGAAGGGAGUGUUUUUCUCUGGCUCUUUAAAAUUUAAAUAUAGCUUCGCUAAUAAUUCAUUAAAAGCAAAAAAGCAAUUUAUUUAACUCAGCAAGAGAUUAAUUACUUUAUAAAAUGAAGUAUUUUCGCUAUAAAACUGAUUUUGAGGUCCUGUUACCGCAGAUUUGGAUCUAAGAUGCGCGGUCAUUUACCUCAAUCACUGUAAACAUUGAUCUGUUUAAUCACCUAUAAAUCCAUAAAAAUGAAAGAAUAAUAUAUACCUCUUUAUUGGCUUAAUUUUGAGCUGCUACCGGGUCAAAGAGUCAAAGGAGUCCUAGGUCAAAAUGCAAAAGAAAGAUGAAGGAUUUGACCAGAAGAAGAUGGAUCUUGAGGUCUAUCUUCAAAGAAUGGAAUCAAGGAUUGGCAGUAUGGCCCCAGUAGGUCACACAGCGGACGUAUUGGAACAUCAGCUUAGAGAGCAAAAAAGUUUGCAUGCUGAACUGCACCAAUUCAAAGCACAAAUUGAACCUUUUCAACAAUUAACGCAAAGACUGAUCACUGCACAUCAGCAUGAAGAUACUAAUAGAUUUAAAAAGCCAGCUGAGUACAUAAACCAACACUACCUUCGGUUGGACGCAUGCAUAGUAAAUCGCGGCAAGCUCCUUCACUCCGCUCUAAGUUCUCUACAAAACUUCGACAGAUCUCUGGAUAAAUUCCUGGCAUGGUUAAGCGAAGUAGAAUCAGUUGUUGAAAAUUUGGAAGGCGAUACGGAAUCUAGGCGAGCAGCCCAUCAGCUGAAAGAAAUCCAGGCAGAUAUAGAAAGACAAGCAUCGACACACGCCGCCUUGAGAUCAUCCAAUUUGGCUUUAUUGGGAAGUUUAACACCUGAAGAUGCUCUUAUGGUACAACUUAGAGGUGAUGAAAUGGAACGACGAUGGCAGGCUCUCAAAACUCGAACUUCAGAUUUGAGAAAUCGUCUGGAACACAAUGUGGAUUAUUGGAACACUGUUCUAUUGUCUUUACGUGAACUUACUGAAUGGGUUAUUAGGAAAGAUACGGAACUAGGGCUGGCGGCAAGACAAGAUGAUCAUAGGGCUUUUAGGCAACAACUCGAAGAUAAACGGCCUUUAGUGGAGGCCAGCCUGAGGAGUGCCCGACAAUUUGUUGCUGGUGAUCCUUCAGGCGAACUAGCUCGAAAUUUGAGGAGGGAAUUGGUGAAAUUGUCUGAUAAAUGGAAUGCUUUGAUUGAGAAAUCUGACAAACUGGCAGCCAAAUUUGAACAAAACGCUGUUAAACUAAAACAACUCACUCUUAGUCUGGACGAGGCAUGUGCCGCAGUGUCCCGUCUAGAAAGAGCCACAUUGACGUGGGCGGGUCCAAGAAGUGCCGCAGAAGCAAGAGAACUACUUAAUAACUUGAGGAUGUUGGAGCAACAAUUGCCUCCGCUACAAAGAUCCCUAGAGGAAGCUCGAAUCCAGGCGAGUAGUAUGGGAAAUUAUUUGCCCAACAAUUUAGCUGGACAGUUGGAAGAUUGUGCUGCUAGGUGUAGGGCUUUACAUGCCGCCAUCAGGGAAAGGAGAGAUGUUUUGACUAGUAGUUCUCAAGGUGAGAUUUCUCCAGGCCCUCCCAGCGUUCAGCCACCCUACGAACGAGCCACUACACCUAAUAAAGUCCCCUACUAUAUUAAUCACAGCACAGAAACAACGCACUGGGAUCAUCCGCACAUGUUAGAAUUAGCCGUCUGUUUACUACAAUUGAACGAGGUGCGAUUUUCCGCCUACAGAACGGCCCUAAAGUUAAGGGCCAUUCAAAAGAAACUUUGUUUGGAUUUAGUCAAUUUAAGUACAGUGUCGGAGGCGUUCGAUUUGCAUGGAUUGAGAGCACAAAAUGAUAAGAUAUUAGAUGUAGCAGACAUGAUAUUAGUUUUAAGAGCAAUUUACACUAAUCUAGCAGCACAAGAUUCAAAUUUGAUCGACGUUCCGCUUUGUGUAGAUAUGGCACUGAAUUGGUUGUUAAAUGUUUAUGAUAGUCAACGCACAGGACAACUUAGAGUACUUAGUUUUAAGGUCGGAUUGACAAUCCUUUCAAAAGGACAUCUGGAAGACAAAUACAGAUACCUUUUUCGUUUGAUAGCGGAUCCUCAACAAAAAGCUGAUCAAAGAAAAUUGGGUUUGUUGCUUCAUGACGUUUUGCAAGUGCCCAGACAGCUGGGCGAAGUGGCGGCAUUUGGUGGCUCGAAUAUUGAGCCGAGUGUGAGAAGUUGCCUGGGCGAACGUGACGACUUAGAGGCAGCUCAUUUUCUAGCUUGGCUAAAACAAGAGCCUCAGUCGCUCGUCUGGCUCCCAGUACUUCAUCGCAUAGCCGCCGGUGAAAAUGCCAAACAUCAAGCCAAAUGCAACUCUUGCAAACAAUUCCCGAUAAUCGGACUGCGAUAUCGUUGUCUGAAAUGUUUCAAUUUCGAUAUGUGCCAGAAUUGCUUUUUCUCAGGUAAAUUGACUAAAGGGCACAAAUUGACUCAUCCGAUGCACGAGUAUUGUGCUGCUACUACUUCUAUUGAAGAUGUGAGAGAUUUUACAAAGGCUUUGAAAAAUAAGUUUAAAAGCAAGAGGUAUUUUAUUAAGCAUCCAAGAGUGGGGUAUUUGCCGGUGAGAUCGGUAUUAGAAGGAGAUGAAUUGGAAAGUCCCGUGGCUUCGCCUCAGCACAACGAUAUGCAUUCAAGACUGGAAAUCUACGCAUCACGUCUAGCCGAAGUAGAACUAAGAGCAGCAUCGCCAGACGACGAACACAGACUCAUCGCUGACUACUGUCACUCGUUGGAGGGCGCUCCGGCCAGUCCCGGCCAACUGAUGCUUGUCAUUGACGAAGAACAACGAGCCGAACUACAGGAGAUGAUUCGGGAACUGGAAGUGGAGAAUCAAGCUUUGAGAUCCGAGUACGAACAACUACAGAGGGGCGCAGCACCGUCACAUCAGCCCCAACAGCCGCAUCACGAUGUUCUAGCCGAGGCCAGACUACUGAGACAGCACAAAGGGCGCUUAGAAGCGAGAAUGCAAAUUUUGGAAGAUCACAACAGACAGCUGGAAGCUCAGUUGCAACGAUUGAGGCAGCUUUUGGACGAAACACCCACUGCAACGUUGCAAACUAGAAGCGUGACUGCUUCGCAAUUGAAUCAGGAUAUUCCAGGACCAGGAAGGGUCAAUCAACCACCGCCACCCUCAGAAAUGCGUUAAUAUUUCAUUAUCUGAUUGAAGGUGAAAUUAAAACAUAUUUGGUUUUUUUGGAAUAUGGGUGAACAAUUAUUAUUGUUUUGACUGACUAAUCAAUAUCAGUUUUUGGUAAUUUUUAUGAAUGGGAGUAUUCAAAAAUGGUUAAUUCAACUACAAAAUUUUUUUAUGAAGAGAAUUUGAGCUCCUAAAAAGUCGCUCCAAGUUAAUGUCAUUAAACUACCAAAAUAACAGCAUCAAGUUAGUCAAAAUAAUUCGCUCACCUAUAAAACAAUAACUUUGUCGCAGUAUUAACGAGAUUCUAUUUGACUGAGCCAGUUGAUAUUUUUGAUUAUUAUAGACAAAGUUUGUUGGUAACUAAAAUGUUCCAGAUAAAAUAAAAACGACAUGGUUUUGAAUUUUGGGAAGUGACACUGCCAUUUUUUUUUUUUGAAUCAAGCAAGGUGUAGACAUUUUUGGUAACUAGCUGCCUAGCAAUUAUAUCCAGUUUUUCAAUAUGCAUACAUGAAAUAUAAAAUUUAAGGACUUGGGACAAAAAUGACAUGAAAAAAGAAACAGUAUUAUAUAGAUGGCUUUUGUUGUUGAAAAUAUUUGUCAGGAAAUCAAUAAAUAUUUAAUUUGUGAAAUGCUUAAUAAAUUGUAGUUAAUCUAUCACUGUCAAAGUUAAAAAUAAAAAAAUUGUGCGUCCCAUUCCGUUUUACCCAUGUUUUGAUAACUAAAUGUACAUUUACAUUUGUCCGCGCUUUAUGCUAAGUACAAAGUAGGAUUUUAAUGAUUUUUAUAAUCAGGAUUGGAUCAGGUAUAUGAGUUUGUUUCAAUAAGGAUCGAAAAAUCUGGUUCUUAUUGAAACAUUAUUAUUUAAUUGGUGUUUGCCUUGAUUUAAAUAAUUUCGAUCUGAUCCUAUAAAAGUAAAAUAUUUGAUCAAUUGUAACCCAACCAUAUCGUUUCUGACAUCUCAAUAAUUUUAGCAAGCUAUAAGGAUAUUAUAUAUUUAUUUCGUUUACAUUUGCUAUGUUAUAAUGAAUGCGUAAUUAUUGAACUCGUAAUAAAAUAGGAGUUAUUUGAGUUU